AUCGCCAUGAUCGACAUGUACGUAGACGGCGGUUACGACAACCCCAACUGGCCCAGUGAGCUGGAUGAGCAGCUAGUGGAGUUCUUGAACGAGAAAGCAUCUGAACGCCGGAAACACCCCCGGAACAUCCGGUCGUCCUCCAUCGUCGGCGACUCCGAAGCACACAUCAUACUGGCUGACGAGAACAAUGGUACGAAUGGACCAGAAUCUGCGCCUCAACCGAGUCCAGUUGAGACCAUGGAGGAAGAGUUUGUGCCGGCGUCCAGCUCUCCACAAGUAGAGGCUGCCGAACCCGCAGAAGCUGGAGUGGAAGCGAGAGAACCUGAAGAGCCUGAGGUUCAGCGUGCGGUACAAGUUCGAGGCGAGGCCGAAGCCAUGCCGCAUGCGUCCGAGAACGUUUCUGACGACGGAAGUGAAUACGGGGAGAAGGAGAUGCGUGAUUAUGUCAGGUUUCAGCGAUCGCAAUCCAACUCCUUGGGUGGAAUCCGCUCUGUCUCAGCUGUGCGGGCAAGGUUUGUCGUGUUGAAGAAGUUGGAGUCCUUGGUAGCUGUCUCCCUGCCACUCGUGGACCUACGGACGGCGUAUGACCCUGACUCAGCUGCUGGUCGCCUAGUGCGUAUCAAAGGCAGACUGUUUGAAGCAACAAAGACUCACUUGUGGGAUGCGGCGAUUCGUCUCACUCAGGAUCGUAGAGAAGAAAUCCCAUCAGUCACUUUGUACCGAGGCGCUGCCGCACAGCACAGGAAGAAAUCAGGGUUGCAAGACACCAAAGGUACUGUUUUCGGCCAAUUGUUUGCAGCGCUGGAGGACUUGCCUCUACUUAGAGCAAAGAGCAAAGGCAAAGGAAUGAUGGCAUGGCAAGUUUCAUUCGUCGGAGAAGGUGGUGACGAUUAUGGUGGUUUGUUCCGAGAAUCUAUAAGAGAACUUGCCGCCGAUCUGCAGAGCCCUGCUACUCCGCUCUUCAUCCCUUCUCCCAACGGCCGGUUCAACAUCGGGUUUCACAGGGACACAUUCGUUCCCAACCCCACGUGCACCUCAGCGGUGCCGAUGCGUCAGUACACCUUCAUCGGCAAGAUCAUGGGGGCUGGGAUUCGAACGAACAAUCCGCUUGGUCUGGACUUCCCGCCCCUCAUAUGGCGUCGUUUCCUACAAGAGCCGGUCUCUGUCCAGGAUCUCUCCGGUGUGGACGAAAGAUUCGUGCGUGCCAUAGAAGCGAUUCGGACGCACCCUUGUGCUGACACUUGGACGGAGCUCGGGUUCAGCCCCGUUGCUGCUGUAGUUGGCGGCAGUGCAGCUAACAACUCAACGCUGGAGGACUCGAGCUUCAACUAUGUCGGGCUCGUGUGGACCGUACGCUCGAUCUCAGGGAAAGUGUUCGAGCUAGUGAAGGGCGGCUCCACCCGGCCCGUGCUGUACUCGGAGAGAGAGCAGUAUGCAAAGGAGGCAACUUCGUUCAGGUUGCAGGAGUUUGACAAGGCGAUCGACGCGAUGAGAGAGGGACUUGGGCAGAACGUUCCCUUGCUGAUGCUGCCGCUCCUGACGUAUCGGGAGCUCAUGGUCCGAGUCUGCGGAGAGGUCACAGUCGAUCUUGACAUCCUCAAGUCGAUCGUCAAGAACAAGCUCGACGCCUCUGAUGCGGAGACGGUCAUGGGAUGGAUCUGGAGCACCUUAGAGGAGUUCAGCAACGAGGAGCGCAAGCAGUUUCUUGGUUUUGUCUGGGGGCGCGAGAGGCUACCAAGAGAUACAAGUGGGCUGCAGCUGGAGGUUCGAACUCAGGCGAGCCAUGGGGACGGACACUUGCCGUCUAGCCAUACCUGCUUCAAUGCCCUUGAUAUCCCGAGAUACAGCUCUAUGCAGGUGUUGAGAGACAAGCUCAGAUACGCCAUCGCUCAUUGCAAAGCCAUUGACACUGACUUUGCCGCGCGAGGAACCAUUGGUGAGGAAGUUGACGAAGAUGAAGAGUUGAUCACGUCCGAUUCGGCGAUUCCUGAAGAACAUCUCGAAGAGAACGAUUCAACAUCAGAAACUGUCGAGCCGAGCUCUGAAGCAGAACAGUGUAGGGUAUCGUAGGCCGACUCAGCCGCUCAGUGAAGUAUAUGAACUUCGGAAAUGUAAUUUGUAAUGUACUGCCUGAACGC